AUGGAAGUGGAGGAAGGUGAGCGGUUACCGUUCCUGGAUGUUGAAAUGAUUCGCUCCAAUGGGACGCUCAAGAAGAAAUUGUUCAGAAAGAAGAAGAAUAUUCCAUUUCCAGUCCCAUCACAAGUACAGGCUAAAGAUUGGAAUAAUGAGGAGCAUGAUGAUCCGAAGCCUACGCCUGACGGAUGUACAAUUCUGGGACGAGGAGCUGGACAAAUCGACGAAGAUAUUGCUCGACAAUGGCUACCCAAUCGAAUGGGACCUGGGGCCGUGAAGUGGAUUGACAACCUCGCUGCGAUGCUCACGACUAGGGUUCGAGUCCCGUUGAAGGGGUUCAUGCGAUGA